AGGGGUCUGGACGCAGUCUUUGUAAAUGGGCUGCCUUGCGAUGAGAUGCUCCCCUCUCAUCACCCCCCUCCGAAUGUAAACAGCGUAAAGCCUGCAGACGUGGAGGUUUUAGCCUCUAUCGGACUCCGCGCGGACAGCACGCGGUUGUCUAAUGUCGUAUCAAGACUUCAAGAGCUGAUGAGCACGUUCAACCCUGCACUGACGGACUCUGAUGUGGAAGGAACAGACGUGAAUGCGGCUGGGUUUGCAAGAGAAGGCACUUUGCUGGAGCAAGCAGAAGAGGCCUCUCGCCGCCUCCGGAACAAUCCGCAUUCUUGGAAGCUGUUGCUUCUUUUUGUGCAAGUGGACCGGUUCUAUGCAUGUGACCAGCAGGAGGUUGAGUCCGUAAUCACAUCGGCGAUCGGCGAGGUGGACGCUGCCCUGCAGCUGCUGCGUGUUCAGCUGAAGCGGACUAUUGUCAGCGUUGCAUUGUGGGACGGCGAGAGUGACACUCUUCAAACUAAGUGUCCAUGUUUGGAACAACGUCAAGAAGGAGAGGUCAGACUUGCGAAAGCCGCGCUGACUCACGGCCUGCAGGCAUCUUUGGAUGAGCUCCUGGUGAAGAGACGCUGGUACAGCGAAAAAGACGACUUCAGUGUCGUCCUGCAGAAAAAACCUCUGGUCACAGACUUCUUUUCUACUAAUAUCGGGACGCCUCUCUCCGAGUCCCAAGCGUCACAUGAGACCGAUAAACUGACGGUGCAGUUGUGGGCCAACCUGCUGCAGCGCGCAAGUGACGACGACAAUGGAAACGUCUUUGCCUUGCAAUGUCCAACUGUGGACCGUCCCUUCCUGAGGACGGAGGGAAACUCUCCUACAAGCCACGGCGGCAACGCCUCUCCUCACCUCCAUCCAAAUACAGGCACAGCCGUGCACUGCGAGGACAUCAAUCCUUCCCAUUCCAUUCCCACCUCUGUGCAUGCAGUCAGACCGGCGGACAUCCGAGUACUCGCCGCCGUGGGAGACUCUCUGACAGCAGGGAACGGGAUUGCAUCCAGUCCAGCAAAUGUUCUGGAUGUGCUGACCCAAUACAGAGGUUUAUCCUGGAGCAUCGGUGGAGAUGACAACCUCACAAGUGUAACAACUCUGCCCAAUAUAUUCAAGCAUUUUAAAGCCAACGUGACGGGUUACUCGGUUGGGCAGGGGAAGCAACACACGCCUCAAGCUUUUCUCAACCAGGCUGUUGCUGGAGCAAAAAGCAAGGACCUGGCAUCUCAGGUCCGAGCCCUCGUAGCGAGGAUGAAGAAUGACUCUCGCAUCAACUUUGGGUCCGACUGGAAACUGAUCACUGUGUUUAUAGGUGGAAACGACCUGUGCGACUACUGCGACAAUUCGCUCUUUUACUCCGUGGAGCGUUACGUCCAAAAUGUCCGAGAAAGCCUGGAUUAUCUCCAUAAAGAGGUCCCUCGAGCUCUGGUCAAUUUAGUGGAACCCCUGCACAUCAUCCCCUUGAGAGAAAUGCAUGCGGACCCCUCACUGAAAUGCCCCACCUGGCUUGUGAAUAUUCUGUGCCCUUGCGUUAUCUUACCAAAGCCCAAUUCGACAGCGCUGGAAAAAUUGGAGCAACUAAAUCGUAAAUAUCAGCUGACGCUGGGCGAGCUGGUCGGGUCCGGUCGUUACGACACUCGGCCCGACUUCACUGUGGUCGUCCAGCCUUUUUUCAGAGAUAUCAACGUUCCCAGACUACCGGAUGGCCGCCCCGAUCGCUCGUUCUUCAGUGCCGACUGUUUCCACCUGAGCCAGAGGGCCCAGACCCAAAUGGCUCGCUCCUUGUGGAACAACAUGCUGGAACCACUGGGAAACAAAACAUCCUUGCAGGAUUUUUCCACAGACAUUAAACUGAAAUGUCCGUCAGAGACAUCCCCAUUCAUCCGGACCUAUCGUAACAGCAAUUACACAUACGCGGCCCCUCCACCAACACCAGCACCGAAUACAAACUGGGGAAGUGAUUUCUCGUGUGUGGACCUUGCUCCAUCUCAGUCAGUGCCAACAUCUGUUCACAAGCUCAGACCAGCAGACAUUAAGGUGGUGGCAGCAGUGGGAGACUCCACGACGGCCGCCACUGGUGCGAAAGCCAAGAAUCUGUUAGCGCUCAGUAGAGAAUAUAAAGGUGUCUCCUGGAGCAUCGGAGGAGAUCGGACUCUGGACACAGUCACAACACUACCGAACAUCCUACGGAAGUUCAAUUCAGGCCUCAGGGGCUUCUCCAAAGGUCAAGGUUCAAGACAGAAGGGCUUCAACAUGGCUGGAGCAGGAGCCAAGACCUCGGACAUCCCAAACCAAAUCCAAGUUCUCAUAAAGGCCAUGCGAGAACACAAGGAGGUGAACUUUGACCAAGACUGGAAACUUCUGACAAUAUUUGUGGGUGGAAAUGACCUUUGCCAUUAUUGCAAUGACCAAGAUCAUCUGUCACCGGGUAAUUACAGUCGCAAUCUGAUGCUGGCUUUGGACAAACUGUACCACGAGGUGCCGCGGUUGCUGGUCAACCUCGUGGAGAUCAUGCAGAUCGACACAUUGAAACAAGUCGAGAAAAACACCCUGGGAUGCUCCUUGCUCCGGAGAACUUCCUGUCCUUGUGUCAUUAUCCCAACUGAAAGGUCCCCAGAGAUAGAACAGUUGAAACGGAUCAAUCUUGAAUACCAGGCUGAAAUUCACAAUCUCAUUUCUGGAUCUCGUUAUGAUGGGAAAGAAGACUUUGCUGUUGUCCUUCAGCCGUUUUUACACAACUCCUUCAUCCCUUUUAUAGGCGAAGGGGAAGCAGACGACACUUUGUUCUCUGUAGACUGCUUCCACAUCAGCGAGCGAGCUCACGCCGAGAUGGCCAUCGCGCUGUGGAACAACAUGUUGGAGCCCGUCGGCAGGAAACAGGCUCAUAACAACUUCACAUACGACCGCUCCAAGAUUCGCUGUCCCACUGAGUCCAGCCCCUUCAUCUUUACUAAAGUCAACAGUGCGCUUCGUCCACCUUGGACCACCACGACCGCCGCCCCCAGCUCUCACGCCACUAGCGCUACACCGACGACAUCCGCUCCCGGCGCGUCCCGCACCACUACAUUCAGAAGCAGCACGACACAAACCGUGUCCGCGCCCCACUGUGCGUCCCCCCGGCCGCUGUGGGUUCCCGUGGUGGUGGGCGUUGUUAGCCUACUGGUGGGCAUGGGCUCUGCCUGCUUCAUGUGCACUUUUGUGCUUCAGAAGAAAAGCAGAACAGAAUGCCCAGAAGAAAUGAAAGCAACAGGAUUGUAACUACAAUUAGCAGCGUAAAGUUGUCUCACAGUUGUAUCACAACUGCAUGGUUGGACUCUAAAAAGCAGCUCCUGUAUUUUGUCGGCCUCGCCCCAGUCUCGCUCUCUGCACCUGUGUUUUAAAACAGCGACUCCGAACCACUGUGACUGGUUCAGUUUCGCUUAAAUGGUCUGAAAAUGAUUUGCUGCUGUUCCUCGAUCUAUGCCGGAGAUGUACCGUAGCAUGUUGACUUUUUGUAUAUUGGCGUCCCGCAAGUUUAUUUUUGUACUGUAAAAUAUGUGGCCGGUUGGGAAACCAUUUUCAAGGUCUUUGUCUUCAGAAUCUCUAUCAGGGCGCAUAUAAAAUGUUUCAUACUACUCGUUGAAUCUCAAACAUCUAUAUCACCAUAAGUAUUGAAGUCUUUUGUA